AUGGAAGGUCAUAAGUACAACUAUCCAAGGGAAUUUUAUGACCAAUAUGCUCAAAGCCAAGAAAAAUCUGUGGUCAAUAAAAUGCAACAGAAAUACUGGAAAACAAAACAAACCCUUAUAAAAGUUACAGGAAAAAAGGAAGAUGAACAUGUUGUGGCUUCAGAUGCAGAUCUCGAUGCAAAGCUGGAGCUGUUCCAUUCUAUUCAGAGAACGUGUAUGGAGUUACUGAAAGCAACUGAACUGUAUCAAAAGAGGAUUUGUUUUCUGUCUCAGGAAGAAAAUGAAUUGGGGAAAUUUCUUCGAUCACAGGGUUCUCAGGAUAAAACAAGAGCAGGAAAAAUGAUGCAAGCCACAGGAAAGGCCCUCUGCUUUUCUUCUCAGCAAAGAUUAGCACUGCGUGCUCCGUUGAGCAGAUUAUAUCAAGAAGUGGAGACUUUCAGAUAUAGGGCGAUCUCAGACACAUGGCUAACAGUAAACCGAAUGGAGCAGUAUCGGACUGAAUACAGAGGAGCUCUACUUUGGAUGAAGGAUGUGUCUCAGGAGCUGGAUCCAGAUCUUUAUAAGCAGAUGGAAAAGUUCAGGAAGGUUCAAGCUCAAGUGCGACAUGCAAAACUCAACUUUGACAAACUGAAGACUGAUGUCUGUCAAAAAGUGGAUCUUUUGGGAGCGAGCAGAUGCAACCUGCUUUCUCAUGUGUUGACAACAUAUCAGACAACACUUCUUCAUUUUUGGGAAAAAACUUCGCACAUGAUGGCAGCCAUUCAUGAAAGUUUUAAAGGUUAUCAGCCAUAUGAAUUCACUAUGUUAAAGAGCUUACAAGAUCCUGUGAAUAAACUAACGGAAAAAGCAGAAAAGGAGAACCUGCAGACUGAGAGAACCAAGUCAGUACAAGAUCAGCAGAGUCAGUUGAUUUCAUUAGAUGAGGAGAGCCAUACCAAGGAAUCAAACUAUUCAGGUGCCAUAGAUGACUUAUUAGACCUGCAACCUGAAGAAAAUGCUUCAAAGGAUCAGUUUGUGAGGUCCUUGGAGUCAGAACCUGGUGAUAAGGAUGACAUGGUAUUACUGAAUGAGAUCCUCAACGCUUCCUCCCUGGACGAGGGGGAGUUCAGCAAGGAGUGGACAGCUGUUUUUGGACAGGUUGCACUUGGUGAUCUCACCAUGAACUCUUCUGCUGGAGAUGUGGAGAGCACUUCAUCAUCUGUGGCACCAACGCCAUCAGGCUACUUGCCCUCACAGCUGUUAGACCAAAACAUGAAUGACUUGCAGUCGUCUUUACACGGAUGGGCAGCUAACAGUGUGAGCCAACCGUCUAUACCACAGCCAGCACAGAAACCAAACAGCCCGAAUGUGAAUGCUAACAAGACGCCCAUGAAAGAACCUACAAAGAAUCCUAAAGACUUGACUGCCUGGUUCAGUCUCUUUGCUGACCUUGACCCAUUAUCCAAUCCUGAUGCUGUUGGGAAAACUGAUAAAGAACACGAAUUGCUGAAUGCAUGAGUCAACUGCCAGCGGUAACUCACAUUCUUCCAUUCAUCAACACUAUUUUGGGGUUUAAAAAAAAAAUAAAAGCCAACCUAAAUGAAAAUUAGUAUGCUGUUGUGAAACUAUAAAGUGUGUGCCAUGAUAAUAAAAUUAAAGGGAGCGAAUCCCCUUUUAUAUAGGUACAGUUAUUUGCUCUUGUUUUGUAUAAAGAGUUCGCAUUUAUUUUCUACGUGGAUUUACGAAAAUGAGGUUAAAAUUUAGGGCAGAUUUCUUUCCAAAUUAGAUUAUCUGCUGAAACACUGUCACUGUCUUUGCCUGAGGUGAUGCGGAGCCAACACUGGAGUGAAAUACAAAUUGCAAACCUAUUUUUUUAUAAUGUUUCUUGGGUAAAUAAAAAAAAAAUGUAAGCGAGGAGGCUGCAUGAGUCAAACUUCUAUCAUGUAUAUAAUACAUAUAUUACUGCUAUGGUAAGAUGUCAACUACAUUCGUUUUGUUAGUACUCACAGUGGAAAAACCUGUGCUGGGGCUAGUUAUUGAAGAAAUACAUUUGAGUCUGUGCAGCCAUGGAAAUUGUGCCCUUUCUGAUUUAACUUAUUAGACAAACUGCACUACACGAACAGAAGUCAUGCCCAGCAGGCUUCUUUUCUGAGGUUUUUCUCCAUUCCACCAACAGAAUUUGCACCUGUUUUCAGAAUUUUCUUGCAACUGAUGCUUUACCAUGCCUUCAAAACAUGCAUAUUUCUGUUUGGAGUAUUUUUCAUCCAGUUUCUUUCUGAAGCAUGUGUUAUUUUGAGCUUGUUGUGACAUUAACUCUUUAAUAAAAUGAUUUUGACAAAAA